CUUUCAACUACCAUGAACAUCUUUCGUAGCUUGAUUGGAAAGGUUUGGCAUGACCCUAACGCGGCGGAAGUCGUGAAAAUAUCCACUGGUCAACUAUUUCUUCUUCGACCUGGCAAUAUCCGGUCAUCUCGAGAAUGCAUUUAUAAUGAUGCGAUGGCUACCAUUCGUCGAGUGCCUUCGUUUGAACACAACUUCCAGCUAGUUGUGACUCGAGUCUACGAGGAUGGAGACCAAGAACUUCUGGAAGACGAGGACGAAACCGAUGAAGAACGCGUGUUCCUCAUAAGCGAGGAGCUAGAGUUCCGUACCGGAGAGACUGAGGGAGAGCCAACAUUCGUCUGGAGAGACCUUCAAGGGGACGUCGACGAGUUUUAUGAGUUCGUGGCCUCUGGGACAAAUGGACCUACGCGCGCGUUCUUUGAGACGUGCAUGUAUCGUGCCAUGUAUGAGAGAAAGUAUAGGAUGAGCGCCGAUGCAACUCAAGAUACGGAUCUGGCCCAAUUCAUCUGGCAGCCACCCUCGCCUAAGGCCAAACGUAAGGGCUCGAGCAAGAAAAAAACGUCUUCCAAGGAUGAACAGUCUCUCACUCGCGAUCUGGAGUCGCUAUCCACCACUUCUACCUCAAAGGCUCCUGAAACAAUUGCUAGCCCCACGUCUACCCAAGCCUCACCUGACCCUGAUACAUCGUUCACGGAUGUAGCCGAUCAACCCGCUGAACUAUUUUAUUGGGAUCACGGAAACCAGUACUUUGUUCGACAAGGCGAUGUACACGCGAAGAUUGUGAAACGUGCUAGCGGGAAAUUCGACUAUUGGCUGACUGCGUCAGACGAGGCAGGGCAGGUGUUGGUUCACCGAAUAUCGUCAGACAUGAUGCAGCGUUGGUCGCCUCCCACUUGGUCGCUGACUUGGAACCAUAUGAGCGAGAGUGGAACGCAGAGCAGCUGGUGCCUCCGGUUCAGUUCCCACGACGCUUUUGAAGAAUUCCAGCUCGAAUUCACAAAGAGGCUUUGGGAGAGCUUGCAUCAAACGGCAUGGGAAAAAGCCAAGAGCGAUGAACGUGCUUACGUGCUGAGCGCGAAUGUGGAAGAUGUGGAGAUGAGUGAUGCUGUAGCCGAAGAAGAUGAAGAAGAGGCCGUUUUGGAAGAGCUAGAAGAGAAGAGUGACAGUGAAGAGGAGGAACAUGCAUCGGAGGACGAAGACCACAUGCCAGCUACAUUAGAAGGACGAAACUCUCAGCUGACGGUUGGCUACAAGGGUGAUCGAUCCUACGUCGUCCGUGGUAACAACAUUGGUGUCUUCCGUCAUACGAACGACAACGUGAAGUAUUAUGCCACAAUCAGCAAAGUUGCGGACAUGAAGGGCAAAGAAUUUUCUCCCAAGAAUGUCAUGUUACAUGACCAAGAUUCCAAGAUGGUCAUCAUGAAUCCUCGCAACCACAACUCUCUGUACAAUUUGGACAUAGAGCGCGGCAAGAUCGUGGAGGAAUGGAAAGUUCACGAUGACGUCCAGGUUAAUCACAUAGCACCUGAGAACAAGUUUGCCCAGACGACGCCAGAGCAAACUCUCAUCGGUGCCUCACACAAUGCUCUUUUCCGUAUAGAUCCUCGAAUCUCGGGUAACAAGAUGGUGGACAGCCAGUUCAAGCAGUACGUCUCGAAAAACAAGUUCUCCGGUGUCACCACCACUGCCUCUGGGAAGCUGGCGGUGGCGAGUGAGAAGGGUGAUAUUCGGUUGUUUGACUCAAUUGGCAAGAAUGCGAAGACGGCGCUGCAUCCUCUGGGUGACCCCAUCAUCGGCGUCGAUGUGACCGCAGAUGGCAGAUGGAUUGUCGCGACUACAAAGACCUAUUUGUUGUUGAUCGACACACUCAUUGGGCAAGGAAAAUACGCAGGGAGCUUAGGUUUCGAUAGGAGCUUCCCCGCUGACGCAAAGCCUCAGCCCAGGCGCCUGCAGUUACGGGCUGAGCAUGUUGCUUAUAUGAACCAUAACAUCUCGUUCUCUCCUGCUAGAUUCAAUGUGGGUCAAGAUCAGGAUGAGAAUUCCAUUGUGACGUCCACCGGUCAAUAUGUCAUUGCAUGGGACUUCGCUAAAGUCAAAAAAGGCCAAAUGGACAAGUAUGAAAUCAAGAAAUAUGAGGAUCUUGUCGUGCAAGACAACUUCAGAUUUGGCAAUGACAAGGAUAUCAUCGUUGCGCUCCAGAACGACGUCCUGUCAGUAAAUAAGAAAAGCUUGAAGCGUCCCACUCGCACAUCCCUUGCACCCGAAAGGAGGAGCUCACGUAGCCACUCCGGUAUAGUCAAUGCUCCGUUCUAGAAUCUUUGUGUACGAUACAUGUAUGGGACAAAGUCGGAUUGUGAGCGUGGUAUGGUGGUGCUUUUUGCUUGUUUUGCGUGUCGGCCUUGUGUUCUUGUUUGUUUACGUCCCCUGUAGCAGGUUUCGGAGCGUGGGUUGGUUGGAGAAUUAAUCGGGUGUACGAAUACGUCUGAUAUCCAUUAUUUACCGACUGCAUCUUGACG